CCUCAGUCCAACAUGGCUGCGCCCUGUCAGAGGAUCAUGGCAGGUCGGUCAGUCCAGUUCUGGUGUCGGUUCCGCAGAACCGCUGCUGCGGGUUCUGUUCGCCGGUUCUCCGUCUGCUCGGCCCGGCGGGCCGGGGCCGGGGCCGGGUCGGAACCGGCGGGUUCGGGCUGGACUCUGGCGGCCGCCGCGGUUCUGCAGAGGCUGCCGGUUCUGUCGGCCCGACUGGACCCGGUGGAGGAGCGGUUCCGACGGAUGAUGCUGCAGAUGGAGCUGGAGAAGAGCCUGCUGUCGGACCACGAGCUGCGGCUGCUGGAGGACGCGGAGCGGAUGAGCCGCAAGCAGGCGGACGACUACGACUCCGACGAGGAGGGAGGCCGCGGCGACCAGGAGAUCAUGCUGGGCCAGGACCUGGAGGACACGUGGGAGCAGAAGCUGAAGGGCUUCCAGCCGGCGCCGCGGGACACAGCCGGCGUGGACGGGGACGCGACCUCGGCGGAGCGCUGCCUGGCCGAGACGCUGGUGCUGCUGGCCCGGCAGCCGGUGGGCGGGGAGAAGCUGUGGCUGCUGCCGCAGGCCCAGUGGCGCGGAGGAGAGACGCUGCGACAGACGGCGGAGCGGGCGCUCGCCGCCCUGCCAGCCGGCUUCACGGCCUCCUUCCUGGGCAACGCGCCCUGCGGCGUCUACAAGUACAAGCUGCCCCGGGCGCUGCGGACGGAGAGCUCGGCGGGGCUGAAGGUUUUCUUCUUCAAGGCCGUCCUGGCGGCCGGCGCUCCGGCCCAAACCCCCGACGCCCCGCUGGUCUGGGCCAGGAAGAGCGAGCUGCAGCAGUACCUGAAGCCCGAGUACCGGGCCAAGGUGGACCGCCUCGUCCUCAGCGUCUGACGUGGAGACUCAGCCGGGCCGGAGGACGAGGCCGACGAUGUCAAGAGCGUCACUGUCGUUGCUCAACUGUCUUCUUCUGCAGUUAAAUGAUCUGUAAUUCAAUAAAAUACUUAUGUUUUGUUA